CUGCGGCGGAAGCAGUGGCGCUGCAGACAGUGGCGUGGAGGGCGCCAAGCGGCAUAGGGGCAAAUGCCUUCGGCUGCACAAGCGGCUUCGGCUCUGAAGGCGUCCGGGGCUCAAGCGGUGGCGGCAGCUGCAGCGGCAUAAGCGGCGGCGACGGCGGGGAUAGCAGUGGCAGCGGCUUCAGCGACGGCACAAGCGGCGUCGGUGGCGGCGCAGACGACGUCAGCGGCGGAACCAGCGACGGCCCCGACGGCGGCGUCAAGGGUGCAAGCGGCCUCGGCGGAGACAACGCCGGCGGUGCAGACAGCGGCGGCUUCAGCGGCGUCGGUAGCAGCGACAGUGCAGACAGCGGCUUCGGCGUCGCAAGCGGCGGUGCAGACGGAGGUGGCUUGGACGGAACAAGCGGCAUCGGCGGCGGCGCAGGCGGUGUUGGCUGCGGAAGGGGCGGCGACACAGACGACGGUGUCGGCGGUGCAAGCGGCAUUGGCGCAGACAGCUGGACUGACCAAGCGGCAACCGCUUGGGCGUUCAGGGCUCCCACGGCGGCGGCGGCGUCAGCGGCGGUAGCAGCGGUGGAGCAGACAGCGGCGUCUGCGCAGACUGCGUGGGCUGCACGAGCGGUGUUGGCGACUCAAGGGGCGGCUGCGGCGCAGGUGGCAGCAACACAGAUGGAGGCGGCGGAGCGGCGGCGGGGGCUGCGCAAGCGGCGGCAGCGGGAGCCCGAAGGCCAGCAACUGAGGAAGGGCAGAGAAGGCCAGAAAGACCAGGGAACCUGCUGCAGAGAAAGGUUUUUGGGGUUAGAGCAUCUGCACCUUCAGAAGCUGCGCUGAAGCCUUCAUAGGCAGCAUCUGCGAUGUGAGGGAAGGCACCUCCACCAGAGUUAUGGACAUGGGCAUGGACACUCUCGGUUCACUGAAGGAAAUGAGCACCGGGCCAAACAGCAGAUUGUCCUUUCCUUGCCUGACCAUUUUGGUCUUGGCCCUCAUGAGAUUGAAGUUCUGUGGAAGCUUCUCAUUUUAACUGCCUUCUUGGGAACUUGUGCCUUUCUCAUUUACCUCUGGAGAACCAUCCUCGCUAUAAAGCCUCGACAAUAUGAAGUUACUUUAGACCAAAUCAAGAUGAAGAUUAGUGUCCUUAAAAAUGAAAACGAGGAUCUUCAAAAAUACAUAGCGAGUUGGGAGGAGAAGGCCCAAGAUGCACUGGCAGAGCUAAAGCUGAGAGCCUCGACAUCAAAAAACCAAGAACUGAAAGAAAGGAAAAUAUUCCUGGAAGACUGCGAUAAUGCCCCAAGUGCUCAGAAAAUAGCCAAAGAAGCAGAAUUGAACAUUCUAAAGAAGAAAUUGGAUAUGGCGGUGGAGUUCUCUGAAAAACAAAAACUGAUUGCAGAAGAGAAACUAGAAGAGACACUGUCUGAAUUGAAUGCAACUAAGAACGAGCUGUUAGCUGCCAAUAAAUAUCUGAAAAUAACUGAAGAGGAAAUGGAGAAGUACAGACAAGAAGUGGAAGAAAUGCGCAAUCAGUUGCAGGAGUCUGACCUCGCCUUCAACCACAAGAUCGCAGUUCAGGAAAGGAAUGCUAUGGCUAACUGGAUGAAGGCUCGGUAUUGGGAAACAAGGAUGAUGCAGCAGAGCAAGGAGAACGCCUACCUGAAAUACAGACUGCGCAUGAUGAAAGGGCAGAUGCUGCCUGUGGGAUCCAUGAGGCGGGAACCGAUGCGGGGAAGGCCUGAGUUGCAGAAGCCUGUGUGGCGAGGGUAAUCUUAUAAUCUGAAGACUUCCUUGGUCUCCAACAACCAGGCUCCAAUGAGUUUAUAUCUAGUCAAGAUAUGAAUGUGUCUACCUGGUGGUCUGAAUGCUUUCCCUGCCCAUCCUGUCCCCUGUGCUUUGUCUCUCCUGGUAUCUCCUCAAUAAACUGUUCAUGGUUCUGUCUCUGU